CAGUGCUCCUAAUAAAAAGUGAAAGCAAGCAUAUACAGAUCAGUAUCAGUCAUCAGGCGAGUUGGUUAAGUCUGUGAAUUUGUGCUCAAGAAUAAAAUGUCAGUAAAAGUAGGCGAUUUGCAGCUGUUCAAAACCAGAGAUAACGCGUAUAAAAAUUUUAUUGCUGAACUUACAACGUUGUUCACAGAAGCUAACGAGCAGUACGACGGAAUCAAAGUCUCAAAGCGUGCCUCCGGGUACACCAAAGUGAUCAUCAAACAUGGGCAAACUGAAGUUCCACUGGUCUACAGGAAUCGAGAUUUGUACAUUAUAGGAGUGAUUGUCGGAAAAGUGUGCUACGUGGAUAAAAAGGUCCAUGCUGAAAUGAAUGACUUACAAGAGUUGAAGAAAGUAAUUGCUCCGGCUAAAGACGAACGGCUUUCGGCGGAGUUUAGCUAUCAGUUCAUAAUGCCCAAAGCAGAACACACCGAAAUCAGAUUCGAGGAGUUGGAGUACUACUUGCAAAAGCUGACAUUGAUAAGUGAUAAAAUGAAGCGUAUGGAGGCCAUGACCUUUCUAAGUCCAUUCGUGGUCUUGUUUGCAGAGGCCAUCCGUUUUCCUGUUAUUGCCACGUUGGCACAGCGAGCUUUUCGUUCCGUGGACGGAACGCUAAAACUGUCCACAGACGUUGCUCCUCCAGAAAUGGCAAGGAACUCAUACGUCAUCAUGAUACACAAAUUGCUUCUGAACUGGGGAACCCUGUCCAGUUGUGUGGAGGCUUUACACAAGAACAACAAAUGCAACGCUACGUUCGGUGUGAGAGCAAACCCUACUUGGCAAUUUCCAGAAGGCAAACUAACGGCAAAAGAAGUCGAUAUCAACAAAGGGACACUGCUGGCGUUGUUGGGAGUAGCAAACUCAUGUGCUUUCCAGAAGCUCAAGGUUUCUCAGGGUCGAGGUAGACGAGACAUUUCACUAAAACUGUUUCUGCAGCAACAACCAGCCCUAUUGCAUUCCCAACAAAAUCUUCUUCAAUAUGACGGAAAUGGACAACCGUCUACCGUACUACACCACUUAGAUAUGCUGGGAGCUCUGUGCUUAGCUACGCUUGGAGUCCUGAAUUUCACAGGAAGACGACUCCAACCAACGGAAACUGACACCACUAUGGACAGCUCUAUGGAAGCCACGGCAAUGGCAGCGGAUCUAACACACCGAAUUGUUCAGUGCAUGCAGUUGAGUGGUGUAUUGGGCGAUGAAAUCGAAUACGAAGUCCAGAUAAAACUACAACGACGGCUGGCAGCAGCAUUGUAUCGAAGAGAACCAAUCGAUGGAAUUGUUUCUAGUUUUAUUGAGGAAAACCGUCAACAUGACCUAGUUGAUACAUCAGUUUAAGUAAUGCUGUCGAAAAAGUCAACCUAAUCUAUAUCAUACAAAAUUUUGAAGAUUGUCAAAGAUAUACCGUUGAAGAAAAAAUACAUCUACUUCUUACAAUAAACCCUUCCAUCUUAAUAUUAAUCUCCGCAAUUAAAACCUUCGCAUCUCGAUGAUUUCCCACUCUCCGGUUUUCUUCCACUAAUUUCACUCUGACAAUCAUUUUUAAUUACACUCGUCAAGACGGGUGUGACAGGCAGCAGAGGCGCAAUCAUCUCCGAUCCACGCUCCACCGAGCAAUCAAUCCUAAUAUGGCCUGUCAAUGAUCCAUAGUGACUGGUUAUAAUUUGCCGCCCACUCACUCUCCCGGUUGAACUGUCCGGACCGGACCCUCCAAUCCCCGUUCCAAGCAGUCAGUGCACCACCAGAAAGGGGUGACCUUUUGAACAUUGUGCAGGUCGCCGGCCACCACCGUGCCGGGGCCAUCCAUAAAUCACGUAGAAAUUGAGAGAGAGAGACGUGGUACUCUGAGU